AUGACGACACCGCCGGACUUCAUUGACAAGUUGUGGAGGGAGGCAGUCGCAGAGGGCGUGCAACCUCUAGACAGGUUCCCUCAGAGUGGGUGGAAGGAUUUAACGAUGAACUUCUGCGUGUUUAUUCCCGAGGAUCCAGCACGCCUUUCAACAGACUCUCCUCGGAUAUUACGAAAAGAGUACCCCGAGUUGUCCUACUGGGCCUUCCUGAGACUCGAGGCAAGCCAUCAAGGAUUCUGUCCCUGUGCUCAAGACAUACAGAUGGCUACGAUGAAUUUCUUUGUAGGUGCUUGCCGCGUCAUAUCAUCUGUUCGUAUUGCUGCAGAAGACACCGACAAAAACCCCUUUAUAAUUGUCAAGAAGACUCGCCUUGUUAUGACCUUAAAGGACUUGAAAGGAAUGGUUGCGAAGAUUACAAAUGACAAGCUGUCGCUAUUGAUGUGGAGCACCAUUCUUUGUCGAGUUAUCGGGGGUUUACAUCUCUUAUUCAGCUGGCGCGACUUUAACGUCUUCAUCCUCAACGCGUUUGAUACGGGAAAGGCCGCCAAACUUCUGGGAAUCCCGGGGGGCUUUUCGUUGCGCAAUGUUCUCCAAGUAGAAUUCAGAGUGCAAAAGGAUGUGGCCAUGAGCAAAUGCGACUGGUCCCAAAGGCCCCUGACGCAGAGGAUGAAGACUUACGCGGUGCAAGACGUUCGCUACUUGCUGCCUCUGUAUUACACCUACGCCCGCCGAAUCUCCAAGUGA